UCGGGGCCAGCCGAGGAGAGCCCUUCCUUCCUUCCCUUCCUUCCAAGGAGACCCAGGGAGGGAGACCCCGAGGAGCAGGAUGGGGGGGUCCCUCAGGGCCAAGAGCCCCUCCUGGCUGGCCCUCCUCCUGGCAGCCUCCAUUCUGAGCUGUUGCUUCCUGUUGACUGGAGGGACCAAAAGAGGGACGGUCAGUGUCACAUUGGACCCAUCGCAGCCGAUCGAAGGACAGAGUGUCACCCUCAGAGCAGGAGGCGUCCCAAAUGGCACCGUAUUUUGCCGCUGGUUCCGAGACAAAUCCGCAGAUACGCACCUCAUCCUUAUCUAUUACCUCCCUCCAUUCAAAGGCCAUACGGAGGGUGAGGGCUACACCGGGAGAGAGACUAUGGACUCAGACUGCUCCCUUCACAUCAAAAAUUUAAUUCUCAAUGACACCCGGACCUACAUAGUCAUGAUGGAUGGACCUGGGUUAGUGAACCAAGGGCAAGUGGACCUUGUGGUCCGAGCUCUUGAGAGCCACCCUGAUACUCGAGGAUUGUCCACUGCGGCCAUUGGGGGAAUUGCUGUUGGGUGCAUAGUGGCAUUGGUGGUCCUGACUGUGGCAGUUGUCUCCAUUUCCCGUCGCCCUUGUUAAGGCUAAGGGAUGUCUUCCUUCCGCACACCUUCAUUCCAGCAGAGGUUCAUUGAAACAUUUUGAUUAAAAACACUUUACCAAGGGAAGAGAGACCAAUAAAACGGACAACCAGCAAGUGACGAGAAUCGAUGGAGAGACUGGAUGAUUGAAUGCAGUGAUGCACUCCUGGUCCCAGUUUGCUGCCUUGCUGACCAAGGAAAGCCCAGCUCCUUUCUCCAUCUGAUCAGAAAUAACCAAAGCCAUAUCAGAAAGCACUUGUCCACAACCUGAUGUGAUGCUCUGAUGGACCAUGCGAUGACAAGUCCUUGCUUGCAAAUAAAAUGGA